UACAUUUUCUGUGUACUUUUGUUCCAGGUCGAGCGAGAGAAUGUAACCUCUGGCCAGACCCUGCGGGCUGCCCUCAGCAAGGUAGAGGCAGCCCACCCAGGCUUCACCUAUGAGCUGGUGAUGGGGUUGGUGCGCAAAGCUGACCUUACCGUAAAUAUGAACGAGUCGAUCCUCCGUCUGCAGGGCUCAGUGAAUGAGUCAGAGUCGGGUGACUACAGGGUGACCAGAACAGAGGACGCCUUCCAGGAGCUGAACAAGAAGUCAGCCAACCUCAAGCGCAUCCUGUCCCGCAUCCCAGAUGAGAUCACAGACAGAAAGACCUUCCUGGAGACGAUCAAGGAGAUUGCCAGUGCCAUCAAGAAGCUCCUGGACGCUGUCUCCGAGGUUUCACAGUACAUCCCCGGCACACAAGGGAAGCAAUCGCUGGAGCACCGCAAGCGCGAUUUUGUCAAACACAGCAAGAAGUUCAGCAACACCUUAAAGGAGUACUUCAAGGAGGGACAAGCCAAUGCAGUGUUCGUGAGUGCCACCUACCUGAUUCACCAGACCAACCUCAUCAUGCUCACCGUCAAGGACAAGUCUAAAGACAAGCCAAGAGGUUAUUUUGUGACAACAACUUAGUUAAAUUUUCAAAUCCUGUUGCUCAUCAUACCAAGAGACCAGAGUACAGAAAUGAAAGAGGAAUGCAGAGACCUUAAUCACACUGUGGUUCGACACAUUCCAGUGCUAUGCAGGGCUCGAGGAACUUGCAGUGCCUUUGCCAGGGAGACGUAAACUGACCCUGAUUUACUUGUUCUGGCUCCACUGGUUUCCUUGGGCUUUUGUCUUAGGUUUAUGUGAUAUUAUUUUUUCUUUUCUCCCAUAUCUUUUGUCAUAUGUCUCCUUUUUUGUGUUCUCUUUGUACUUUUUUUUCUCGUUACUUUUCUUUUUCUCUUUACAUUUUGCCUACUUGUCAUUUAUUUUUUUGUCACUGCAGUUCUUGGGUCAAGACUUCAUAGUUCAUGGAUAUCAUUAUCUUGAAUGAGUUUUAUACUUCUUUAUGUUUCUCUCUCCCUCUCCUCCUCUCCUCCCUCCCUACUUCAUCUUCUUCUCCUUUCCCUCCCUCCCUCCUUCCUCCUCUCCUCCCUCCCUACUUCUUCUUCUUCUCCUCUCCCUCCCCUCCCAUUCCUCCCUCUCUCCCUCCUUCCAUCUCUCUCCAUCCCCUUGCCUUCCCAUUUCUUCUCUCUCCUUUUUUUUUUACUUUUUACAAGCAAAGAGAAACCACAAUGAUAAAUCAUUAAUUCCACUUCAUUUGUUUUUAUUUAUUAUAAUCUAGUCCUAAUUAACAUGUGUACAGUUAAUUGGUCAGUUGCAUGUAUAAUUUGCUUGUUCUGUUGGAUUGGUUGGUUGGCAUACGUAUCUCUUCAGCAGAAAGCUUUUAUUUAUCAACAUUGGGGUCCAGGUUGUGCCGCCUCUCAUUGGUGAUCCUGAGCUGUUUUAGUGGCCGCUUUAUCCCUCUUUCUGUUCCUCAUUUUCUCUCCUUUCUUUUAUGAUGAUUCAUUAUGAUUUUUAUUUUAUUAUAUGUAUGUAUGUAUGUCUUAUAUUUUUGCAAUAUAGAUUGAUGUACUGUAUUCUGUUUUAUUGUUUUAAUUAUUCUCCUUUUGCUCCUUUUCUGUCCUCUUUCCUGAUGUUGUUUUUUGUGUAAGUAACAGGUACAGUGUGAGGAAUUUUUUAGACAUGCACUUUUCACACCCUCGGCAACAGCAUUUGCCAAACCAAAGAAAAUGACACUGGAAGUACACUGGUAAGGGUGAGGUACAUUUAACACUAACAGAGAUGCAGUUAAAAAAGAUAUGUAUAUAAUUAUUACUCUAUCCCUCUCCCCACCUCUCCCUCUCCCAAGGCAAGCAUGGCAUCUUAAUGGUUCAACUUAUUAUUAUGUUUUUAAAUUUAUUUUUUAAUUUUUCUUGAUUUGCAACACUGACAAUCAGAAAAGCACUCAUAAUAAAGGAGUGACGAUCAAACAUACAGAAGCUUGGGGUCACAUUCCAUAAUCUUAAGUUGUAAGUGUAUCCACAUUGAACAAAUGCCUGUGUUAUUAUAGAUGAUUGUAACAGAGGUCAUCCUUUAUCCUCUGCAGCAAAAGUAAUGAUUUUUUUUUUCCUCUUAUUUUAUGAUCACAUGCGCACACUCACACACGCACAUGCACACACAAACACACACAUGCACACACAAACACACACAUGCACACACAAAUACACAUGUACAUGCACACGCAUGCACAUAAACGCAUUUACACACACACAAACACACACACAUUUAUUUAAAUUAUAUGAAAAUCUCAAGCAAUAAGAGGUAUAUUUGAUCAGAUAAGAUACAUGUUGAUUCUUGUGUGUGGAGGACUGAGGUGAACAUGGGUUUUGUAUGCAGCCUUGAACCAAUAAAUAUAUCCUCUUCG